AUGCCUACCUUUUUGGAAAAACUUGACCAGGCGUGCGAGACCAACCGUAGCCUGGUAUGCGUCGGCCUCGACCCGGAACCGUCCCGCAUGUCGGUGCCCGACGUGCUGGACUUCAACCGGGCCAUUAUAGAUGCGACCGCCGACCUGGUGUGCGCGUACAAGCCGAACCUUUCCUUUUAUGAGGCAUUGGGCAUCCCCGGCCUGCAGGCCCUGGAGCAGACAGUCCGGCACAUUCGCGAAGUGGCCCCUCAAGUGCAGCUAAUUGCCGAUGCCAAGCGGGGGGAUGGCGGCCCUUCGGCUGCCGCCUAUGCGAGGGCCAUGUUCGAGGUGUGGGGUGUUGACGCUGUUACGGUCAAUCCCUGGGGCGGCGGCGAAACAAUCCAGCCUUUCCUUGAAGAUGAGACAAAAGGGGUUUACAUCUGGUGCCGAGGCUCCUAUGCCAGCGCCGCAGACUUGCAGGACCUCAAGGUGGUUUCGCCCAAGGGUAAGAUGCCCGUAUACGAGCACCUGGCCCGUACAUCCCUCGACUGGAACGGCAAGGGCAACGUGGGCCUGGUGGUGGGAGCCACGGUGCCGGAGCAGCUGGCCUCGGUAAGAAGCAUCUGUCCCGAUGCUCCUCUCUUGAUUCCCGGCAUAGGGGCGCAGGGCGGCGAUCUGGAAGCUUCGGUCAGGAAUGGUACCGAUGGCCGGGGGCGGCGGGCAGUUAUCAACUCGUCCCGGGGAAUAAUUUAUGCCUCGACAGGGGCGGACUUCGCCGAGGCGGCGCGGCAGGCAACUACCAGGCUGCGCGAAGCGAUCAACCAAACAUUGGAAGAUGAGGGAAAGGGAUGGCCCUAGAAGUAAAGGUGGGCGACCAGGUGCGGCUCAAGAAACCGCAUCCCUGUGGUGGCUACCACUGGCGGGUUACCCGACUGGGAGCGGAUAUUGGCCUGGUUUGCGUGACCUGCCGCCGCUUCGUGAUGCUGCCAAGGCCGCAACUGGAAAGGCGGGUAAAAGAGGUGCUGCCAGCGGAGGCGCCGGUGGAUGAGUCAGUCCUGGACUAGUUGGGACAAGGCCCGCGGUUUAGUUUGCCCUUGCGCUGUCCCUUCGGCAAGGCGGGAAGUCGCACGGUUGCUGGCUCUGAGAUUCCUGCCUUCGCAGGAAUGACGGUUAGAGUUGGAACGGCAGUUAUUGUUGGAGUGGCGGUUAAUCUUUCGAAGACAGUUAAGGCGGAAUGGCGGUUAACGUCGAGAUUUCUGGCUUCGCAGGAAUGACGAGCAAUAAUGGGAUGACGGGAAACGUCUUUUCCCGAUUUGCUGGGGGUGGGAUUGCUGUCGAGACUUCUACCUGCCCGCCUGCACCAGGUCGUCAGUCCGGUUGGCGAUUUCCUGGGGGGUGCUUUCCCACUCGUCCAGGUGGACGUGGAAGUCGCUCAGGUGCUUGACCAGGGUGUCCAUGAAGUUACGCACAGCGCGGCCCAGGAACUUGCCCCUCAAGGUACACACGCCCAGCACCGACGAUGGGAAAAUGUGCUCCAGUGAUACCACGCCCAGCUUGUUGUGGUCUUCGGGAUGGAGAGUAAAGUCGUUGCCGAUGGCGACUCCCAUACCAAUUUCGACGUACUGCUUGACCGACUCGGCGUGGUCCACGCCCAGCACAACGUCAAACCGGAUGCCGUGGUCCUUAAAGGACUGUUCCAGGUUGCGACGGGUAAUACUCUCGGGACUCGAAAGAAUCAACGGCCAGUGGGCGAUAUCUUCCAGUUCGAUGGGGUGUUUCUGCAGCAACUGGUGCCCCGGAGGGGUUAGCAGCACUACCCUGUAAUCGAAGAGCUUGAAAAACUCGAGAGAGGGCUCGUCAGUGGGAGGCGGGGAGGUAAUCGCCAAGUCCAGUUCCCCGGACUUCACCAGUUGUAUCAGUCCCGCAUAGGGGCGGGCGGUCAACUGGAGGCGAACAUCGGGGUAAAAGUCGAGGUAAGACUGGAUCGGCCUGGGCAGGUGAUGAGUUACCACGUCCGGGUAGGCCCCUAUAUGGAGCGACCCACGCCGUUCCGUAUAGUCCAUCUGGGUUUUCAGGGUAUCCACCGAUUCAACUAUGGGGGUUAUCAACUCCAAAAAUAUGGAUCCUUCAGAGGUCAUCUGGAUUGGACGCUUGAUCCUGUCGAACAGAGUAAUACCAAACUCGUCUUCCAGCUUUCGCAGGUGAGUUGUUACCGUAGGCUGUCCCAGUUCCAGCUUGCGGGCCGCCUUGGAUACGCUGUGCAGACGGGCCACAUGAUAAAAACUGAUAAUCUCGCGUAAUUCCAUAAUUGCCAGUUACCUCUAACGGGUUUAAGGCAUAUAAUACAUGGAUAUAAAAUAUUAUACAAUAUCGCUUGACAAAAUACUAAUCUCUAAUGAAAAUGGGGGACACUGGCAUAAGCCGAAGUGUGCGCUGGGGACGGCUAGUGCGCUUAACAUUUUUGACUCUAUGUACGAGGAGGAACAGGGCUAAUGGCUUUUGUUAUUACUGAACCCUGUAUCGGGGUCAAAGAUGCUUCCUGUGUUGAGGUGUGCCCAGUGGACUGCAUCCACACCGACGACGCAGCGGAAAUGUAUUUCAUCAAUCCAGAUGACUGCAUUGACUGCGCCUACUGCGAAUCGGCGUGCCCGGUAAACGCUAUCUUCGACGAAUUUACGGUACCCGCCACCAUGCGGGAAUACGUCCAGAAAAACCGGGUCUUCUUCCGCAAGUAACCCCGAGCCGGCUCGGGCCGGCAGGGCCGUUGCAAAUCCGCAGCAUUAAGCUGCUGAACUACCAGGGACUACCACGGCAACGGCAAUCCGCUACGACAGCACAAGGGAAACAGCUUGGAUCUUCUCUUUCUGAUUGUUCGCCGACUGAACGUAAUCGGCAAUUUCAAGGAACUGGGCACCGACCGCCAGCGCAAAGAGACCAUGAUAGGUCUGGCGGCCACGCAACUGCUGGUGCAGUUGGCCAGCAUGCCCGUUGCCUUGGUCAUUCCUUCAGUAGCGCGCCACUUUGAGGUAAACGUUGCCGAGGCUGCCUGGAUGGUUGUCAUCCGGCUGCUGAUGCUGGGCUGUACCGUGUUCCUCGCCGCCCGGUUGGGCCAGA